AUGGCAACCACAACGGAACACGCACGAACAAUUAGAUCCGCUCAGCUUUACGAUGCUGGAGACCUCCGAAUUGAAAAGGUGCCUGUUCCAACAAUCCCACCAAAACAUGUUGCUAUUGCAACCAAGUUCUGUGGCAUAUGCGGGUCGGAUCUACAUUUCUACCAUGAGCCGGCUUUCGCCAUGUCAUUGAAACAUCCUCACCCUUUGACCGGAUGCACUGCACCGAUUGCUUUUGGACAUGAGUUCGCUGGGGUUGUGGCGGAGAUUGGAGAGGGAUGCUCUGGAGAGUUGCAGGUCGGCGAUAAAGUCGCCGCCAUGGCCACAUUGACAGACGGCACCUGUACAUCUUGCGUCGAAGGACACGACAACACAUGCAUUCGGCUAGGCUUCGUUGGCAUCAACACUAAGACGGGAGGCAUGAGCGAAAUCACCGUCGUCGCAGAAGACUCCCUUCUCAAGCUCCCGCCUUCAAUCGAUUGCGAUGUGGGAGCACUGAUCGAACCCCUUGCCGUCGCAUGGCACGGCGUCCGUCUCGCCGAAAACCUGUCCCCAACCUCCUCCGCUCUCAUAAUCGGCGCCGGUCCAGUCGGCUGUGCCGUCCUCCUAUCCCUCAAAGCCCAAAACCUCACCAAAAUCGCCAUCUCAGAUCCCUCCCCAGAAAAGCGCAAAUUCGUCUCUCACCUCGGCGCAUCAGCAACCUACAACCCCUUCGAAUCAGAAAUCAACCCUUCCUCCACCCUCCCCAGAGAUUCCUUCGACGUCGUCUUCGACUGCGCCGGCGUCCCCACCUCUUUCGACACCGCCAUCGCAAGCAUCAAACCCCGAAGAACCGUCAUCAACCUCGCCAUCCAGGAAACUCCCGUGUCCUUCAAUCUGAUGCCCAUGGUUUUGAAGGAAGUCGGGAUCAAAUCUUCGAUUGCGUAUACGAAGCGGGAUUAUUUGGAUGUGAUUUCUGCGAUUGAGGGGGGACGGCUCGAUGCGCGGGCUUUGAUUACGAAACGGAUUAAACUGGAGGAUGUGGUGGAGGAGGGGUUUCUGUCGUUGAGGAGGAGGGGGAAUGUGGAUUGUAAGGUUUUGGUGGAUGUUUGUUUGUGA